UGAUUAACCUUCUUUUGCUUAGUCUUUCUCCAAGCAGGUGACAUUAGCUACGUAUUUAUAUAUACAGUGUCAGAAUAAUGCGCUCUCUAUGACACCUAUCACUCUUCCUUCAUUGAUGUGCAGUUAUUAAAUGAAUCAAAGAUGAUGUACUGCCCACCUAAUGUCACAUUCAUUGACAUCUGGGUCAACCAUGGGAUAUCCCACUGCUUUUUGGAUACCAUCACUGCAGCAGUUUAUGCAUUAUUCCUAGUUUUAUUUGGAUCAGGACAAUGGAUUAUGUACCACAAGUAUGCCACUGUGACUGACCAGUAUUUAAGGCAAAAAUCUGUACUCUUUGGUAUCCAGGUGGCACUUACAAUCUUGAUGAUGAUUAUUGCAUGUGCAAGAUUAGCACUGCAAGCAACAGUCAUUGGUAACCAUGUUAUUUAUGGAUAUAUGAUUCUGUACCUUGGCUGCAACCUGGUGUGCUGGCCCCUAUCACUUCGUAUUGUGUUCUUGGAGCGAAACUAUCUUCUGCCAACAACACCUACCAGAGGGCAUGGAGUUGUGUUGCUUGUGUUUUGGACAUUAGUGUUUGUCAGUGAAAAUCUUGCAUUUCUCAAUCUAAGAAAUGAGGAUUGGUGGUUUGACCUCACAACGGUAACAGAUAAGCUGGAGUGUGCACUGUUUGUGGUACGCUACAUAUGUAGUUGCUUACUUUUUAUCCUUGGACUGAAGGCUCCUGGAAUUUCAACCCUUCGAGACUACGUCAACUUUGGAGGCACAAUUAAUGAUCCUGAAAUCAAUGAUGCUGAUCAGCCACAGAAUCAAGUAAACAGUCAAGGGUCAACAUGGCGCAACACCUGGAAAAAGCUGCGAGUUUUGUUUCCCUUCAUGUGGCCCAAGAAGAGCAUGUUGCUGCAGUUGGCAGUUAUCAUUUGCUUUUUACUUCUGAUUGCUGGCAGAGUGGCAAAUGUGUAUGUACCAAUUUACUAUAAAUUGAUUGUUGAUGGGUUAGGUGGCAGUGGAGGAACACCCUUUUUCUGCUGGGACUAUGUUCUUUUCUAUAUUGCCUUGAAGUUCCUGCAAGGAGGAGGUACAGGAGGGAUGGGUUUCUUAAAUAAUCUUCGUACUUUCUUAUGGAUAUCAGUGCAACAGUAUACCAGCAGAGAGGUUCAGGUUCAACUCUUCUCACACCUGCAUAACUUGUCCCUACGAUGGCAUUUAGGACGAAAAACUGGGGAAGUUCUGCGUGUGAUGGACCGUGGCACCAAUUCUAUCAACACACUCCUGUCUUACAUUGUUUUUAACAUCCUGCCAACGGUGAUAGAUAUUAUUGUUGCUGUCAUCUACUUCACAGCAGCUUUCAACUAUUGGUUUGGUCUCAUUGUCUUCCUGACCAUGGUUGUAUAUCUAGCUAUCACAAUUGCACUAACAGAGUGGAGGACUAAGUAUCGACGUCAUAUGAACCUUGCUGAUAAUGAACAACGAUCAAGAGGUGUAGAUUCUCUUCUUAAUUUUGAAACUGUAAAAUACUAUGGUGCUGAAGAUUAUGAGAUCAACAGAUAUAAACAGUCUGUAUUAAACUAUCAGGUAGAGGAAUGGAAAUCUAAUGGGUCUCUCUGCUUGCUUAAUACAAUACAAAACUUGGUAAUUAAUGGAGGCUUGCUGGCUGGGUCCAUGCUUGCAGCAUGGAUGGUCGCCUAUAACAAAGGUUUAACAGUUGGUGAUUAUGUUCUCUUCUCAACAUAUAUCAUGCAGUUAUAUACUCCACUUAACUGGUUUGGCACAUACUACCGUAUGAUUCAGCAGAACUUUAUUGAUAUGGAAAAUAUGUUUGACCUUUUGAAUGAGAAACAAGAAGUGAUUGAUAAGAAAGGUGCCCAGGAACUGUUGGUGCCUCGAGGCCGAAUAGUAUUUAAGAAUGUAUCAUUCUCUUAUACUCCUGAAAGGCCAAUCUUAAACAAUGUCUCCUUUAUUGUAGAGCCUGGGAAGACUAUAGCAGUGGUAAGUUAUUACAGUUUUAUAUUAACACAUUAUCAUAAUUUGGAGUAUGCAAAGAAAAAUUCAAGUUAUUUCUUUAAAAGAUUUUUGUUAAAACCAAUUUGCAUUUAUUUAUAUUUAAGCUAUAACAUACGCUAUGGAAGAGUAACUGCAACUGAUGAAGAAGUUAAAGAUGCAGCCAGGAAUGCUGACAUUCAUGAUAAGAUUGUCACUUUCCCUGACCAGUAUGAUACAAAGGUAGGUGAAAGAGGACUGAAACUCAGUGGAGGGGAGAAGCAACGUGUUGCCAUUGCUCGCACUUUGUUGAAGAAUCCAACCUUCAUCUUGCUGGAUGAAGCUACCAGUGCUUUAGACACGCAGACAGAAAGAAAUAUUCAGACUGCAUUACAAAAGGUGUGUGCUGAUCGUACUGUGCUGGUAGUGGCUCACCGUCUCUCAACAAUAAUUCAUGCUGACACUAUCCUCGUACUCAAGGAUGGAAUGAUUAUAGAACGAGGAAGGCAUGAGGAGCUGAUAGCAAUAGAUGGAGUAUACAGCAAUAUGUGGAGACAACAGUUGGAGGCCAACAAUAACAGUAGCGAUAAUGAUCAGCCUUCAGAUCAGAACAUGCAAUCAUUAGAUGAGGAAACACCCACAGUCUAGUUGUUUCCUAUAAUCAAAAGUGUAGUUUCACAAAUUUUUAGUGUACAGGCUAAGGCACAGUGGUUCAGGUAAGCCAUUUUCUAUAUUUAUGCUAGUGAUUAAUGUGAAUUUUCAUAUAUAACAUACUCCCAGUUAUCCAUAACCUGACUGCAAUAGCAUCUGUUACCAUAGCUACUUCUCUGUCCCUUCUCUUCUGGGGGUGGGGGGCAUAAUUAGUUCAUUCAUUACAUUUGAGAAACUGUUUCACUGUUUUGUACAGUGCUCUCCUCUUUCUAGCAUCUUCAGACAUGAAAGAGCUAAUUUUUGUACUUGCAAAAAUUAUUAUAUCAGAACAAAUGUUUGGUUAUGUAUUCCACCUGUUUUUUUUUUUUUCUGAAGCAAUUACUGUGGAACCCUGGAUAUCAGCCGAUGCGGAUAUCGGCCAAAUCGGAUUUCAGCUGCUUUUUUGACCGAAAUUCUCUCCUGGAUUUUGGCCGGCAACUUGGAAAUCGGCCGUAUUGGAUGCGUCCACCCGCCAUGUUCAUGAGUCAGUCUGGCUGUGUCUCUGGGUGAAUAAGCAACAUUCCGUGCAUUCAUCCAAACAUUUCAUUAUAGUCCAUUGUAUUUUGUGGUUGUUUAUUGAGUGCGACUGCGAAAUAAGCCACCAUGGGCCCAAAGAAACAUUACAUAGUAUAUAAAAACAUGCAAUGUUUAUAUGCGAUGUAUGUUUAAUAAUAAUUGCUCUUGGGCACAUUAAAUGUCUUAUUUUAGGUUAAUAUAGACAUUUUAAUUAAUCCAUCUAUGAUAUUUUCUUCAAAAUUAUACAAGAAACACAUUACAUAGCAUAUAAAUAUGCAGUGUUUAUAGGCUAUCGAGUGGCGAGUACUGGUGAAUCGAGGAGGAGGGUGAAGGGUUAACAUUACGUUUUCUCUGAUUCAACCUAAGAGAAAACUGUGAAUCUGGCAUCUGGCCCAGUCACCGCCCUUCAUACGCAUUUGUUUACAAUUCUUGACAUGAAUUAUUCAUUACUUCUCCCUUUGUUUAUGAUGGCAUCUAAAGGUAGUUGUUCGAAACUAUUUAACUUGGUGAACAUGGUAAUAAUAUGGCUGUGUAGUGUAGCCCAGGGGGGCUACAUGUGUGUACCUACAUCUACCACUGCCUACACUGACUUCCUACAAAUAAAUACUACUCACCUUUUGCCCUACAUUAAGUCUACAAAUAUUUUAAGGUAAUUAAUUAAUGUACUGUGGCGGUCAAUGACAAAGAAGGGAAGUAACCCUAGAGAGGGUUUUGAUACCUUAUGGAGGGGGAUUCCCAACUCCCUCUCCCCUCCUGCCUUCUUCAAUACGCCACCAAGAGUUUUCAAUAAAGGUAUGUAAUUUCAUUUAUCAUUAAAAUUUGUGCUUUAUAUUUACACAUUUCUCAUUGUUAAGAAAGCCUAGGGAACGAAUGGAUUUCAGUUAAAAACAGAGAUGGGGAGAUGGAGGUAUUGGGUAGAUGGCAGGAAUAUUUUGAGGAACUUAUAAAAGUGGACGAAGAGAGGGAGGCGGUAAUUUCAUGCAUUGUCCAGGGAGGUAUACCAUCUUUUAGGAGUGAAGAAGAGCAGGAUGUGAGUGUGGGAGAGGUGCGUGAAGCAUUAUGUAGAAUGAAAGGGGGUAAAGCAGCUGGAACUGAUGGGAUCAUGACAGAAAUGUUAAAAGCAGGGGGGGGGGGAUAUAGUGUUGGAGUGGUUGGUAUUUUUGUUUAAUAAAUGUAUGAAAGAGGGGAAGGUACCUAGGUUUUGGCAGAGAGCAUGUAUAGUUCCUUUAUAUAAAGGGAAGGGGGACAAAAGAGAUUGUAAAAAUUAUAGAGGAAUUAGUUUACUGAGUAUACCAGGAAAAGUGUACGGUAGGGUUAUUAUUGAAAGAAUUAGAGGUAAGACAAUGUAGGAUUGCAGAUGAGCAAGGUGGUUUCAGAGUGGGUAGGGGAUGUGUAGAUCAAGUGUUUACAUUGAAGCAUAUAUGUGAACAGUAUUUAUAUAAAGGUAGGGACGUUUUCAUUGCAUUUAUGGAUUUAGAAAAGGCAUAUGAUAGAGUGGAUAGGGGAGCAAUGUGUCAAGUAUAUGAAAUAGGUAGCAAAUUACUAAAUGCUGUAAAGAGUUUUUAGGAUAUUGAAGCUCAGGUUAGUGCGUGUAGGAGAGAGGGAGAUUACUUCCCAGUAAAAGUAGGUCUUUGACAGGAAUGUGUAAUGUCACCAUGCUUGCUUAACAUAUUUAUAGAUGGGAUUAUAAAAGAAGUAAAUGCUGGGGAAACCUGGUAUUUUUAUAUAGCCGGACCCGAGUCCUGGAAAUGGGAAGUACACUGCCUGCACUUUAAAGGAUGGGUUUGGGAUAUUGGCAGUUUGGAGAGAGAUGUUGUGUAUCUUUAUACGUAUAUGCUUCUAAACUGUUGUAUUCUCGGCACCUCUGCAAAAACAGUGAUUAUAUGUGAGUGAAGUGAAAGUGUUGAAUGAUGAAAUUAUUUUCUUUUUGGGGAUUUCUUUCUUUCUUUGUGGGUCACCAUGCUUUGGUGGGAGAUGGCUGACUUGUUACAGAAAACAGCGAGAUUUUUUUUUUCUUUAUGUAAAACUAUAGUUCAUCUAAAAAAAUGUAUUUUUUAUUAAUAUUUUUGGGUGCCUGAAACAUUAAUUGGAUUUACACUAAUUCUUAUGGGAAAUAUUACUUCGGUUUUCUGCUUUUACGGAUUUAGGCCGACCUUCUGGAAUGGAUUACGGCCGAUAACUGGGAUUCCACUGUACUUUGUGACAAUUUAUUGGUCAUUUUUGAAAGCUAGGUAUAAAAUUUGCCAAGGUUUUAUUUUUAAAAUAGUUAAGCAAUACUGUAUUUCAGUUAUUUAAUUGUGAAAUAUUCUUUAAAAGAAUCUGUCAUUAUUAUUAUUGGAAGUAAUCUGUGAUGACAUCUCCUUAGAUUUUUUUGAUGUAGUUUAAAUGUUAGUCAUCUUUUAAAAUUUUAAUAUUCAGGGACUUAAUUUCUGCAGAAAGGUACCAAAUGACUAUUGUAAAUAUAAAAUACAUAUAUAGAAGAUGGAAAAUUCAAUAUUUUAUUUUCAAAUCAACAGUAAGCAAUUAAUGACCAGUAAAAUUUGAGUUAACAUUCCAUGGCAGUAUUUUUUUUAAUACUACAGUAUUUUGAGAACUAAUAAAGUAAUAGAAAAGUAUAAUUAAAA